GAAACCGAUGUGCUGUAGACAACAGCGCACAUUUUGUCCUGUUUGUUAACGAAUGCCGGUUGUCGACUUCCAUCAUUCGAUCUUCGUCAAUAAUUUGUCAGUGCUAGGUGGCAUAUUAAUCCUUAUUUUCUUAACAUCUGGAAUAUCGUCGGUAUAUUAUAAGUAAUUCUUAUGACCUCAUGAUGAAUUUGAGCGAAUGGAGACCACAAGAAAGCAUAAUAAAAAACAUCGAAGAAACUCUACAAUUAGCAUUGGUACCGAAUAGCGAUGCUCAGAAAACUGUUCAGGAUAGACUUAUUCUUAUGAAAAAUUUGACAGAUUUUCCAAAUUAUCUUUUAUUUAUAUUGGGAAAUCCAGGCUUUUCAGAAGAUAUAAGAUCUCUUAGCGGAAUAUUACUGAAGAAUAAUAUUCAAACUACUCAAAAUACUCUUAGCCCCGACAACUUACAGAAAAUUAAAAAUGAAUGUCUUCGUUUAUUAAAGGAUCCUUCUAGAGAUGUAAGAAUCAGCAUCAGUAAUGUUACUGUGAUAAUAGCUAAAGAUAAUCUGAAAACUUGGCCCGAAUUAGUACCUUACCUAAUUAAAGGGUUUGUGGCGCAAGAUGAAUAUAGUGAGGUAGCAUUAACAACAUUGUUUAAAGUAUGUGAAGAGUUGAUAAAUAGUCAAAAACCGCAGGAAGAAAUUUAUAAAGUAACCAAAGAAGUUUUUCCAAAAUUUAUCGAAUAUGUUUGUGCAGAAAAAUGUACAGUGCGUCAGAAUAUAGUUAGACUUACAAAUCAGUUUCUACAAGAUUAUUUUGUGGUUAUGAAACAAUCUAUUGACUUGGGACUUUACCUGAGAAAUGUAAUGCAACUUGCCAACACAGAUGAUUUGGAUCUACAAAAAUGUGUGUGCCAUACUUUUGUUAUUUAUAUUGAUAAUCAUGAGGAGACAUUAUUGCCUCACUUGCAUGAUAUUAUUUGCUAUUUAUUAGAAAAAUGUCAUCAUGAAGACCAAGAUGUAGCCUUACAAGCUUGUGAAUUUUGGUUAGCUUCAACUAAAAUAAAUACUUGUAAAGAUAUUUUAUCGCCUUACGUGGAGAAGCUUCUACCAACUUUGUUGAAAAAUAUGAGAUAUUCUGAUAGUGAACUCAAUAUGAUAAAGGAUAGUUUGGGUUCUGAUGCUAAUAAAAAAGAUUUAUCAAAAGAUAUUUCCCCAUUCCAUUUUAGAGAUCGAAACAAUACAGAAGGUGAAGAAUACUACAGUGAUGAAGAAGGAGAGGAUCAAAGCGAUGACUUUGAUGAUUUUUAUGUUGGGUGGACUUUGAGAAAGUGUAGUGCUGCUUCAUUGGACUCCAUAGCGGUAAAGUUUGGUGAUGAAAUUCUUCCAUUGCUUAUACCACUCAUUAGUGAAAUGUUACAAAAUCCUGAUCAUUUAGUAAAAGAAUCUGCCAUAUUAGCUUUAGGUGCAAUUGCAGAAGGUUGUUUUAAUGGGUUAAAAUCUGAGUUACCGGAACUUGUUCAGUUUUUGAUUCACUGUAUGAAUGAUGAACAUUCUGUUGUAAGAGUGAUUACCUGUUGGACAUUGAGUAGGUAUGUAUCGUGGAUUGUGAAUGUUCGUGCCGAUAAUCCUGAAGAAUAUUUUGUUCCAGUAAUGACUAUUUUGUUGAAACAUUUUGUUGAUGAGAAUAAAAGGGUGCAAAGAGCUGCAAUUUCAGCUUUCUGCAUUUUUCAGGAAGAGGCUCAAUUGAAACUUAUUCCUUAUAUUGAUUUUAUCUUAGAAGGCUUCAAAUAUGGCUUUGAACAGUUUCAUUGUCGAAGUUUAUAUUUACUUUAUGAUGCUAUUGGUGUACUUGCACAAUCUGUAGGUAAUCAUUUAAGUAAGGAUGAGUAUGUUAGUAAAUUGUUACCUCCUCUGAUGAACAAAUUUACUGAACUUAAAAACUUUUAUGAUGAUCAUUUUAUCGCCGUGUUGGAAUGUCUUGCUAAUGUCAUUCCAGCGUUAGAAGCAUCUUUUGUACCUUACUCGGAAAUUGUUUAUUGGCACUGUCUACAGCUUAUCAAUGACACACUAAUUGCAUCAGUCAAUUAUCAGCAGAACCCCAAUGAAUAUGAUCCACCUGACAAGGAGCCGAUGAAUGUAGCUCAUGAUGUUUUGUAUAGUAUGGCUCUUGGUCUAAAAACUUACUUUGUUAAAUAUGUUACAAAUAGUAAUCUGAUUUAUUUAUUGUAUACUACAAUGCAGGAUAGCUCAAAUCUUAUUCGACAAACGUCCAUAGCUUUAUAUGGAGAGCUUAUAGGCUUGUGUUAUCCUUUUUUAGCAUCUAGUGUGAAUGAGUACAUUCCCCUGAUAAUUAAGAAUUUGGAUGAACACACUGAUGGUGUUUGUAAUAAUGCUGCUUGGGUUAUAGGAAAAUUAUGUUCAGUUAUGGGUAACACUAUUCAACCUUUUCUUACCGAAAUUCUCAAUGCAUUUGUUCAUAUAUUGAGAACCCCUGCAGUAGCUCGCACUAUGCAUAAAACUGUAGCAAUAUCUUUAUGUAUUGUUUUUUAUGUAUGUCCCGAUGUGACGGUCCCAGAAAUGGACGUAAUUGUUAAAAAUUGUUGUAUGUUGGUUAGAAAUGUUCGAGACUCUGAUGAAAAAGAUUUAGCAUUCCGAGGUUUGUGUGAGGUGAUUGUGAGACAUCCUGAAUUUAACAAAAAUUAUUUCAUAUUUUUUUGUGAUGCAGCAGCUUCUUGGAUUAAUAUUCGUAUAGAUUUGAAACAAAUGAUACGGAAUGUAUUAUUGUCAUUCAAACAACAAUGUGGAGAGGAGAACUGGCGACAAUUUUAUUGUCAGUUUCCUGAAGCUUUAAAAUUAAAACUUCAAGAGUUAUAUGGGGUAUGAAGUAAAUGUUCAUCGUUAAAUGGGGAAUUCGACAAAUGGGUGGGAAAGCUUGAGUGCACCUGCCUUAAGUUUAUCGCGAAAUAGUAUUUUAAUAUCGUCCGCGAGGGAGGGGCGUCUGCCGGUAACUUAGAGUCACGCGUUUUAAAAAAAUCAAGAUGGAUUUUUUUAGAGAUUCAUUAUUUUGUUUUUGGGUUAUUUUGUGUCAGAUCAACUAAUUAUCAAAACUGUUAUAUAUCUCUUAUAAUAAAUUGUACAUCAAUGAUUGUAAUUACUUUGAAAACUAAUUUUAUUAAGUAUUAUCUACGGUUAAACUCUAUAGGACUAUUUUUGUAAAAUAAAUUUUUUAACAAAUUUGAAAAAUUGUUUAAAUAACUUUAGCUAUAUGGAAAUUAUUAUUAUUAUUGAUUGAGUAUACAAAUAAAUUAGAAGGAUUUACCAUGUAAACAGUCAGUUGCGAAAACAUUUCAUGAAAUAUCUUUGAAACCCAAAUAUGAAAUUUUAGUCAGGUGUAUUCAUUACAAUUGUAUCAUGUUGAGUCGAUAUUUUCUCAACUUGAUCUAAAUUGUUUCUAAUUUUAAUCUCAUUAAACCUUUGUCUUUUCCCACUUUAAAUACACAAAAUACAAAUUUUAGCAUUAGAAUGUUAAAUGUUUAGUUCUCUUUUUCAUCUCAAGUUUUUGUAAAUAUAAAUUUUCUUAUUGGAUUUUUGUUUUCCUGUUUCACAAAAUAUAACUUCUGUUAUUAGUUUAUUGUUCUUUUUAAUUGUUACGAUAUGCCUUUUUGUCCGUUUUCUUAUUUUCAGAUUGCCAGUCUGUGAUGCCUAAUUGUUAAGCCUUUCCAGUUGAAUGGUAGUGAUACAUAUGAAAAAUUUUUUAUAUAUAUGUAUAUAGAAUAUAUACAUUUUUGUAUAUCGUCUAUUUAGGUUUCUAUUAAUUUUAUAUAAUUUUUAAUGCUGCUUCUAAAGUAUUUUAUUUCUAUGGGUAUUGAUAGUUGUUCAUGAUUUUGCUAAGGUUUUUUACAUACAGCUGGUAUUUUUAUAUAGCUGUAGGAAAACUGAAAAAUUAGUAUCUUCCACAGCAAUUUUUCUUUAACAUGCUUCUAAAUAUUUCCAGACCGUUAUUUUGAAGUGUUAUUUAUAUAUGUAUGUAGAUAUUGGGAUCUUCUGUGUCCCCCAUUCUUGCUGCAAUACUGGGGAACCCAGUGUUUGUAGCUGAUUUGCUAAUCCCAUUCAUUUUAGAAAGUCUCAGGUGUGGUGCUCUGGAACUUCAUAGUGUUUCAUACUUUGAGAGAAUGUGGAUAGAGAUUUCGUCUUCUGUGCAACACAAUCUGCAUACAUCUUCAGGUUUAAAGUGAUAACAUGUAUUUCCAAUUUUGUCUCAUUUUCAUUAAAUUGCUAAAAGUAGCUUUGUUGGUAAUUGUAACUAUAUAUUUUCCGAAUUUGAUUGCCUAUUGUGCAUUGAUACUAUAAUUUAUGGCUUACACGUAAUUCUAAAUUCUUUUUUAUCAGAUCAGAUUUCUAUGCCCUAUUUUACUUCAUUGGAUAACUAAAUUCUCAUAUGUAUGUGAUUAUUGUAAAAUAUUUAAAAUUUUCUAUUUAGUGAAAAUGAUAUUUUCUGACAGUGGGUUGCUUGGCGUGGUAUGUUGAAACUAUUAGUUCAGUUAAAUUAUUUUGUUACCAAAAUGCAAUCAUUUUGAAAUUUCAGCCCAGGCAAUUGUUUUUAUUUUUCUUCAGUGUUGGGAUUUUUUUACCACGUUAAUACAAAUAUUGGCUUUUAAAAACUGAUAUACUAUUAUUAAAGUGUUAAUGUAGAUAUUUUACUGAAAUGAAAUGUUCAAAUAAUAUCUCAUUAAAAAUCAAACAUAUUUUUCAAUGUCAGCUGUUAUUUAAGCAAUUAUUUAAAUGUAGUUCUGGAAACGUUGGUAUAUCUAUCUAGAAUAUGCUAAUAAGGUGAACACAACUAGCACUUAUUGUGGUGUGGCUGUGUUGGUGAUAUUAAUUUGAUAACAAUAUUUAUACCAGAUUAUUCAACAGCAAAAAUAUUUGGAUGAUACAUUUCAUAAGUUUCAGUGAUGUUGUAUGAGGAUUGUAAAAUUAUUUUCCAUUUAUUUUAUAACUGUAUAAUGUUCUAGUAUCUAAAUUUUACAAGCUGUUGUGAAUAUGAAGGACUUUUUGUUAUUUUUUUUUAAAUUAAUACUUAAAUUGAGAAUCUCAAAUUAGAAGGAAAAACAAGUUGACGAAAUGAGUUUGUGUUGAAAUUUAUUUAUUUAAGUAGCAAUUGUAGAAGUUACUAUUAGUAUUAGUAACGACCAAUGAUUUUUAACUCCAAAUGUAUAUUUUAAUAUGAAAUAUGUACGUAACUUGUAGUAUAUGCAAAUCAUCACUGAAAUAUAGUUUUUAUUUAAUAUAAAAA